CUUAUCUGGGGUCAGGCCUGGGGUUUCGUUGUAAAGGGUCUUGAUCUUCUCCAGUAGCGUCGUCUUCCCUGCGCCAUCGAGACCGAUGAUAAUCACAGAGAAUUCCUCCUUUCUCGUAAGGUGUUCAUGAAGUCCCUUCAAUAGGUGGUACAUGAGCGGGGAGGCACAGGUGUAGACUAUUGAUGAGCGCACGCGGCACACUUGACCGUGUUUGGUAGCGCGGUUGCGACGAGAAAAUCCUUCUUCUCCCCGACCACCAUCUUACUAGCACAAGUUCGCCGCCAUGGCCCCCGGUCGCCGCAGAGGAAACAAGUCGAAGGGUAUCCAGUUCACCCUGAUGGUCGUGGGUGAAUCUGGGACUGGUCGCACGACGUUCGUGAACACCCUCUGCGAGUCGGAUAUCCUGGCGCACAAGGUCAUCGAUGCUCCCGAGAAUGCGCACCUCGAAGAGGGCGUUCGCGUCAAGCCUGUUCACGUCGAGCUCGAGGAGGACAACGUUCGCAUUUCCCUCACCGUUGUUGACACGCCAGGCUUCGGCGACAACAUCGACAACGAGCUCUCCUUCCAGGAGAUCACGAACUACAUCGAGCGUCAGUACGACGAUAUCCUCGCGGAGCAGUCGCGCAUCAAGCGUAACCCGCGCUUCAAGGACAACCGCGUGCAUGCUCUGCUCUACUUCAUUGCGCCCACCGGACACGCCUUGCGCGAGGUGGACAUUGAGCUCAUGCGCCGCCUCUCCCCGCGUGUCAACGUGAUACCCGUGAUCGGUCGCGCUGACUCCUUCACGCAAAGCGAAUUGCGCGCGUUCAAGAAGCGGAUCAUGGAGGAUAUCGAUUACUACGACAUUCCCAUUUACAACUUCCCCUACGAUGUCGAGGAAGAUGACGAGGAUACCAUCGAGGAGAACAUGGAGCUUCGCGCCCUGCUCCCCUUCGCCAUCAUCGGGUCGGAAGAGGAGGUGACCGUUGACGCGAAUGAGCCGCCUGUGCGCGCGCGCAUCUACCCUUGGGGUGUCGCCGAGGUGGACAACCCUGACCACUCCGACUUCACUCGCCUCCGCGGCGCGAUCCUGGGCACGCACCUGAGCGACCUCAAGUCCCUCACGGAGGACGUGCUCUACGAGACGUACCGUACCGAGAAGCUUUCGCGCAGCGUGCACAUCGACCCGCGCGACAGCCAGAUGCUGCCGGAGGAGAUGGCGUCGCAGAGCGUGCGUCUCAAGGAGGAGCAGCUCAGGCGCGAGGAGGAGAAGCUUAGGGAGAUCGAGCUCAAGGUCCAGCGCGAGAUCAACGAGAAGAGGCAGGAGCUUUUGGCCAAGGAGCAGAGCUUGCGCAACCUCGAGAGCCGUCUCGCGGCGGCGAACUCCAUGCCCGGCACCCCGAGGACGCCUACGGCUGGCGGGUACUAGACGGCCGCGCAAUCCUUCAGUCUCUAGCCGCGUACCCCACCAAGUUGCUGGCUUUACAACGAUUGCCGCCGUUCGCUGUUCUAUAUAUCUUGGAACUCUUGCUUUUCUUCGUCAUGGAUGCUUCCUAUCUAGUGGUUGUUUGAUUGAUCUAGCCGCUCCUUAGCCCGCCCAGCUUGCUUGCGCGGACCACCUUGCUUGCUUGCGAGGUCCAGAGCCAACGACAUUUUGACUUGCUUACGCGCUGCGCGGUGCUUCUUGCUAGCGAGAACUACCGUGUACGACCCCACUGUCGCUAUACCCUGUGGUAUCUAUCUAAUGUGUUGAUUGAUGUGCAUUGUUGCAAA